AUGGUGGGGAUAGGAACCUUAUUGGCCGCACUUGCAAUGUAUAUUGGCUGUUCUUUCCAAAGUAACACUACGAUUCAACAGAAUAGAUUUUCGGAUGAUAAGAUUGUGAGACUUAACAACACUUUUUAUGAAGAGAAGAGGUUCUUCUUUACUCCCAAAAUUAAGGAGACUAAAUUUCUUCAUGCCUACAAAGAAGCAAUCGGAGAAAUGAAACAAUGUCAAAUUGAUACAAAAUUGUUGAGGUACUUUUAUGGAGAGAGUGGUAUUGGUAAAACAACAAUGUUACAUGAAGUGUUGAAAGAUUCGAAACCUUUUCCAUAUACUCUUUUGAGGUUGGAAAGUGGAAACUCUUGGAAAGAAGUUGGAGUGAAACUAAACAUUACAUCCAUAAAUGAGCAUGCUACAGAAGAACUUGUGUUUAGAACCUUAACAGAAUACUUUAACUAUUUGAAUAGUGAUGAUUGUCCUUUAAUUAUUAUUGAUGGUGCUAAUAGAAACCCAAAGAUUACUAAUACCUUCAUUGCUUUCUGGAGAGAUAUUAGUCAUGUUAGACCUUUUGCAUUGUUAAUGAUCUCCUCUGAUGGCUUCUACCCCUCAAUUUCAAGAGGUGGUGGUAGAGUGAUCGGAACAGAACUCUCUCCAUCCGAAACCUUUGUCAGAGAAUAUUUGGAAGCUAAAGGAAUUGUUGAUCCUUCUCUUGUUUCAGAAAUUAUGGAAAUAACAGGUAACAAGAUAGUUUACUUGAGUUCAAUAAGAUCACCAAGAGAACUUAAUAUCUUGGAACAAACUGUAUAUGAAAACUUUGAAGAGAACUUGAUGGAAUUGAAAAGAUUCGAUAUGGCUUUCCAGUACUUUAAAAAUUUAGUGAAAGUUUUGCUAGAAAAUCCCCAACAAAGCAUGGCCGCAUUAGAUGUAGUUCCUGACAAGGAAGCAGCCAAGAUAUUUAAAUCCAACUUGUUGAGAAGCAUUUUAGUUUCCAUGAAGAGAGACUCGGUUGAAUCGGCCGACGCUACUUGUUAUGAUACUGUCUCGAUAAAUAGCUUUGAUAGCAAUAGCGUUUCAGACCUUAGAUGCUCUCCUUCUACGUACGCAUUAUCGAAUAGAAGAGGUGGUUACAUUCAAGGUAGCUUUAACUAUGUUCCUAAAGGGAAAGUAAUUCUAGGAAGCAAAUUUACCAUCAACCUCAAGUACAUGUUCUCUUCAUGUGAUACUAAAAUUAAGCACAACUCAUCUCUCAUUAUUAACGAUCAAUAUGUAAUGGACAUACCAUUUGAUGGUUCCCAAUGUAAUUGUUUACAAAAAGAGUUUUCCUUGAGCCCAACGAUAUCCUCCUAUUUGAUGUUGAAUCCGACCAAUACUCUCAAAAUUACAUCAAGUAUUUCAACAAGCACCGAAAUUUAUAUCAGUGAUGUUAAAAUCAAGUUUUGCUACAUAUCCCAGUCGACAACAAUUGCCAAUCUCAAACUUGAGAAUUCUUUGCAAACUAUUUCAAUCUUGACUCCAGAAUCAUACAAACAAAUCAAGACAGAACCUUUUAAAGAUAUUCUCAGUUCUAAAACAUCAAACCUUACUAGUGUUCCAUAUGUUAUUACAAAUAGUGCUGUUGAUAUUGUGGAAAAUAUAACAUUGACUGUCUCACUCACUGGAAGUUUUGCCAUUUCCAAUUAUUUAAUUGUUGAUGUGCAAUUACAGAAAAUUGGACCAAAUGGGGGAAAUAUUAUCAUCUCACCAUCCAUUUCCAAAUCAUCUUCUCUUUAUUCUAAAAAUCUAAUUUUGAGUAGAGUUAAUUUACAAAAUUCUGAAAAAUUGAUAGCUUCACUUGUUAUAGAAUCUAUUAAAGAAGAUUCAAUUACGAGUGGAGUGAACCUUGAAUUGGCUGUAAGUGCUACUAACCCAGACACAGUGGAAUUAUCAGACAAUACUAAAAUCGGUUUACCUUUCCAAUUGUUUUUGUCAAAAGCCUACCUUUCUGAAAAUGAAAAAUCAGCUGGUCCAAUCUACAAUGCAGGACCUAUUUCAGACUUGGCCUAUAUGGAUUUCCAACCUCUUGUCACUAGUCCUUUCAAUCCUGCUUGUUGGCUUCAGUUGAAUAUGAUUAUCAAUGGAAAUAUACCAGCAUUUAUAGGCAACAUUCAUAUUUGGUCCUCCAAAAGCAAAACACAAUUUACAAAGUUCUUCCAAUACUCUCACUUUAUUGGGUCAACUUUAUUUAUGGCUAUUCCUUCCGAUCAGUUGGAUUGCAAUCCAGCAACAUCAACAAAAUUAUAUAUGAGAGUAGAAACAAAUUUACCUUUCAGUUAUAGAAUGUAUAUUUCGAGAAAGGUUUACUCCUCAGUUAGUUCACUAUCAAAAUCUGUUUCAAACAUUUUCACACCAAAGCUAGAAAAGGGAGAAGGUUUUGCUGUUUCAGUUGACAAUCUGUAUGAUCCAACCCAAGAUGGAUUUGAGAAGGUACCACUUAAUUUCCAAUUACCACCUUUAAAUAUUGGUUCAUCUAGAAGAUUUAAUGCUUUCCUUACUAAAAGAAGUUCAAACCCAACAAUUUUUCGUAGUGUAGAUGCCAUUGCUGUUCCCAUCAAUCCAUUCCCGAAUGCCAUCCUAGACACUCAAAAUUUACUUUACUAUUUUGAAAAUGAUUGCAUUGAUUGUACUCUGAAUUUGUAUGUCCAAUUACCUGAUUCCAUUAAGAAUCCACCAUCAUUAUUGCCGAACUCAAACAUUGAUGAAACUCAACUUAGAAAUGAUUAUGGUAUUUAUUGGAAAUAUGUUGAUGUUUCAUCUGUUUCAACUGCUUCAAAGUAUGCAGUGGCAACCAUCACUGUUAACAACGUCGCCUACCAAUCAAAGAAAAACAUCAAGCUGCUUGCAACCCAAAAUAGAAUUGAUAGCACCUAUUCUUCUUCAUUGAGAACAAUCGAGACAACAACAGACUAUAUUCAAACAACAGACUGUAGUUCCUCUAAUUUGGGAAAUUAUAGAAGUUCAAUAUCAGUUCCUACCAUAUCAGGUGGUAUUUGGAAGUUUGGAUUUUUUAUUGAUCCUAUUGUCAUGUUAAAUAGUGUCAGCUUUUCAAUUAGCCAGUAUUCAUCCGUGAGAUCUAUUUCGUCCAAUGCCCUUACAAAUGUUGAAGCUUUGAGAGUCCCUGAAUUUGUCUAUUCUUUCUCGUUUGAUUGUUCUUCUUGUAAACAAACUUGGGGAAAGACAAACAUGCUCUCAUUCACAAUGCUUGCUGAUACUCUCCAACUUGAAAACAGAUAUUAUGAAAUAUUCUUAAAAAUAGGAGAUAUUCCAACACCAACCAGUCAUGACAUCAAAUCAGGCUACAUUUCAACCAAAAUGGCAAGCGACACUAUCCAAAUAUUUAAACCAAGAUACAUUUUCUCAUUGGCAGGAACAGCUGUGGUUAACAAUAAUGGUGAAACAAGUUUUAUAUCCUCUAAUAGAUUAGACGAUAUUGGUACCAAUGUCCAUGUACUUAUUAAGGAAGUUCCAGGUACUCUGUUUUCAACCGAAACCUCUUGCCUAGCUAAAAAUCAAUCAUCUUCAUUCUCAUAUCAAUAUGAAACAGCAACAACUGUUAACAGUGAGUCUAGUACAACAGUAUUGAACGACUACUCUUUUUUUUCAAUUGAUGCUACAAAGAUGAUAUUCAACGAUACAAAUAUUGGAAAGAACUUGACAGUUGAAAUUAGUACAAGCUCUUUUAUUGGUUUGAAUCCAGUGCUAAUCCAUCCAGUAACAGGAAAGAGAGUCACUAUGAAAAGAACUCUGUUAAAAUAUCGUUUUUCAGGAAAUUCUUACCAAUUUCAAAAAUAUGCAGGAUCCUUCUCAAUCACUAGAGAUGUUGUGAAUCAAGUUAAAGGAGCUGCACUUACAAUGGUAUUGCUUCCUGAUAGAUCUGAUAAGACAUAUUACUCUUCUAUUUCGUCCCUUUCUGUUACAACAUUUGUUCAACAAGACUUUGAUUCAGUCUCAUACUUUAAUCCACUCAUUGAUGAUAGAUAUCUUAGCUGCGUGCAAGUAAUACAGAAUGGAUAUUCGAAUCUUACCCUUAAUGAUGUACCAUAUCUUGCCAGCUCAAAAACAUAUGAAUAUAUUUCAAGCAGUGCUAUAAUUUUAGCAAAAAUCAACUGUCCAAAAUCAGAGAUUAUCAUUGUCAAUGACCAUGUAAAAGAUGCCAAUGAUAUUGGAGUGGUUGGAAUUUGUUUAGGUUUGAUCUUGUUAUAUAUGGGCUUGGCUCAAAUAACAGCCCCUUUCUGUAAGAGGCUUGUGAAGAGGAUAAGAAAUUCUUCCUCACCUAAGAAUAGUAGAAAAAACAAUUACAAAGCCUCCACAACUGCUACAACCAAUGCCACUAUUGCUGUACCAAAGACAAGCAAUACAACAUCCAAUAACAAUUCAACAAGUUCAAGACCAGUAAUUAGUUCAACAAAUACUACAAGUUCAACAGUAGCAACAACAACAGCAAAUACUACAUCAACAAAUCAAUCCAAUGCUCAAACAGAGUUCCAGAGAAGAGAGGAAGAAUUAGUAAGAAAUCUUCCAGUGCAACUUGAACCUCAAGCUCAACCUUACAUCAAUGAAAUUGAAUUGCCAAAUAUUCCAAUACCAAACUUUAAGCAGCCAUCUGUACCUAGUCAACCAAUUGGUGAUUACAGACCUUAUAAUCCAAAUGAUAUGAUUUUAGAAAAUAUUACUCCUCAAAUUCAACCACCAAACUAUGAUUCUCCAUCCACAAAUUCACAAGUAUUUAUUUAUGACAGCAGUAUUGCUCCAGCUGCUCAAUCAAACUUUACAAGUUACAAUCCAACAGCCAAUGCCGAUGACUAUGUUGCCUUUUAUCAGAGAUCUGAUAAUCUACCUGCCAAUAAUAACAAUAACAAUAAUAAUGGAAACAUUGGUAUCAAUUUUGACAAUCCAAACAAUGUGUAA